AUGGCGCCGGCGCCCACAUCACCGAUCACUAGGGCAACUGUGGACACAAUCAUCUUUGUGGAUGUGGACGGAGUGCUCAACGUCGGUAUCCAAGACGACGGAAAGCCUCCUCUGCUCUUUCGCGAUGAGGACGUCUACACUGCCGUGCGGCUUGCGAAGAAGGGUUACAACGGCCCUGAGGCAGGCUGCGUGGAGAAGCUAAGCGCGCUAGCCGAACACCAGGUUGGAUUCCACGAGGACGGCACUUAUGAGAAGCUGAUGACUCGAAACGGUGCCGAGUUGACCGAUCUUCUGGUACAGCGGCUUGCAAAAGUCAUCGCGCUGGGAGGCCCAACCACCAAGGUCGUGCUCUCCUCGAGCUGGCGAAGGCCCCACCACCGGAGCCGCCGGCGCCAGCUGGAACAGUCUCUGACGCAGCACCUGGGACAAGCGUUCCGCUUCCACUCUGUCACCGCCUUGUAUCGCGAGGAAAAGACAGCUGCUGAUCGCUUGGAGACCGUGGGCGAUUACCUCGCCGAAUUCUGCCACCGACGUGAUGACGUGACGACCUUGCGAGUCCUCAUGCUAGAGGACUUCUUCAUCACGCCACUGGAUGGCUGGAAGCUCAAAGGCCGGGCCAUUAGGAGCUCGAGCGAUGCCGAGCGCUACUUGGACAGCCGUGCCCGCAGCAUGUCACCGGCGCUGAGCGUCCAGUCGAAGCUUUGCCAUUGCUAUGACAAUGUCAAGACAAGCGGCGGACUGACCAUGCAGGUAGGCACUGGCUUCACACAGCAGCUGUUUGAAGAGGCCAGUGCCUUCCUAGACCGUGAGAAACAGGAGGAAUCGGCUGCGAACGAUCAAGGCGAAGAGCAGGAGCAGCAGGACUUCCUUCCAACGCUUGUGCAGCGUGUUAUCCCCGAGGCCAAAGUGGAGGAACCCACCAUCAUGCAGAUCAUCUCGGCUUUUGUCCCUCCAGUCAGCUCGAUGGUCAGAGCCUUCUGA